CCGCCGCCAGUCAGUUCUGCGAGAGAAGCGCAAGCGUGUAGACGUAUAUUCGGUCGGGUCCGGGUUUUCUAUAUUCGUACCCAUCAUCGCCUUAUACUCUGUUUAUACCGAUUUUCGCGUGGAUACAGCCGAGAUCGCUUCGAUUCGUGCAAGCGUUUUCUUACACAUCUCAACUUUUCUCGACAUCGUAAUCGACGACUUUCGCGAAAUUGUUGUGGAGUUUCUGCGAUUCUAAAUCAGUGACAACGAUUCGUGCCCGAGAAGACCAAUCGGAGGAGCAGAUUCGCUUUCGGAACAUGCUGUGAGACUCACUAGCGGAGAAACAUGCGUCUCUUCAAGCGACGGUCGCUCGACCAGAGCCCUGAGCUCGUUUCGGCCACGUCGAUCAGCCAGGACAGCCAGCAGCAGAUGGAGAGAGCCGUCACCAUAGCCACGACCGAGGAAGCCGUGAAAACCGCGACGCUCACCGUACUAGUCACCCCGAAGAGGAUGAAAGACGAGGCCAAGAGCGCUAAGAAGCAGCAGAGCAGCACGUCCAGCUUUUCCGCCGGCAAGAGCCUUUCCUCCUGGAGCAAAAAGGUCGGCCAGAAAUGGGAUCAGCUGAGGCGGGCCGACAGCUCGGAGAUACUCUCGGUGUCCGGUAGACGUCGGCGCUGGAGUCCGCACAGAAAGAGCUGCGCCGAUCCCCUGGACGAGGCCAAGAAGAGCACCGCCGAGCCGACGCCCUCGUCCUCGCCCGAGUUCACCAAGCCGAAGCGCAUCAGCCGCGUCGAGUCCCUGCGCAAUCUCUUCAAGUCCUCGACCUCGGAGCGCUCGUCGAGCAUGAGCAACAAGUCCUCGGCCAUCAAAGAGGAGGACGAGUCGAGCUACCGAAUGGAGAAGUCGCUGAGUGAGGGCGCGCUCAAGCACAGGCCCUCGCCGGCCGGCGGCGACAUCGACGAGCUCGCCAACAAGCGCUGGCAGAUCAGUCGCAGCAUCCACGACCUGGAGCAGAAGAGCCGCAUGCUCGACUACUUCCUCAUGAACCAGGCGGCGCUGAAGACCAGCGAGGGCAAGGCCCUGGCCAAACGCACACUCCAGGAGACCACGGCGGCGCACAGACUCAUGCCCACCUCGGGGCUCAUGCAACACAGACAGAGGAGGGACAGCGCAGACUCGGAGGAGGACCUCAACAGCAGCAACGCGUCCUCGAGCUCCCGCGAGUCCGCCGUCGAGAACGUCAAGCGGAACUUGUUCAACGUUAGAAGCGGCGUCAACGAAGACAGAUGCGAACCCAUGAAGACGUCCGUAAUCAGCGACAUCGAGAACCUGAUGAGCUGCCUCAAGCUGACCGGCGACGAGAGCGGCUACGAUUCGGACAGCACGCGAGCCGGCGCCGACUCGCCGGACAGCGAAAAGUCCGUCGGCGCACCCCUCUUCAAACCUCGAAAUUUCUCCCUGGCCGACUACCCGGGAAUCGACCUCUCCUUGCCCUUCAGCACUCCGAAGAAGCUGCAGCGGCAGCAGACCCUCUCCGAGGAGAACAUGACCGCCGAGGACGAGAAGUCUCUGAGCCAGGAGGAGUUCGACGAGCAGGAGACGACCCUCCUGGCCAACGGCGACAGCCUCAACGAGUCCACCAGGACCGAUACGACCCUCCUCAUGUCCGAGCACGACGAGUGCGACGACGAGUUCGCCGAGAUCAAGCUCAAGCCCAGCAGCUCGAAUCUGACGUCGGCCGACUCCGGGGUAGUGCUCGACGUUCUGGGCCCCAACAGCGCGCAGUACCGCACCCCCGUGAAGAAGCGGCCAGAGGCAGCCCCGCGCACCGCGCACAAGAGCAACAAGCUCGGCAGCCUGCAGAAGAGCCUCAAGCCCGUGCAGCGCAAGCACUCGAACGUCAGCGUGCUCAACCUGCUGGACAACGCAGCCUCGCCGUGCCAAGACUCGCCGCCCGCGAGCAAGGCCGUCUCUGCCCUGAACACCAAGAGUCAGCUGCAGUACUUCAACCCGAAGCGCGCGCACUCGGCUCUCGAGAUCGAGGCCCUCGAGGCCCCCAAGUUCAAGCGGCCCGAGCUCAAUAUGACGCCGCAGCCUCUGCCCAGGACGAGCGCCUCAACCCUCUCGGCUACCACCAAGACGCCGCUGAUCCGCCGCGAGCUGAAAACCAUGAAACUGCAGGUCGAGCGAUGCGGAAGCCUCGGCAUUUCCGUACAGCGCUGCGACGCCGUCCGACCCUACUUCGUCAUCUCCGAGAUGGAGCCGCAGGGUGACGCCCGCAAGUCCAAGAUGUUCCGCGUCGGCGACGAGAUCGUGCGCGUCUCGGGCCGCCGACUCCGAGGCAUGUCCCUGGCCGAGGCGAAGAACGCCCUGAAGAACUGCGUCGGCAGCGUCGAGCUACAGAUCGCCCGCGAACCCAACUUCUUCUUCGGCGGCGAACUCGGCGACACCUGGGGCUGCGAGGAGGAGGUCAUGGUGCGCUCCAAGAGCGACUCCGACGUCUGGGGUCCCAUCGCCAAGGAGCGCGAAGAAGAGGAGCAGCACCGGUUCCAGCAAGCCGAGGCGAAAACCUGCGAAAUCAUCGGCGCCGUAACCAAGGACGGACGCACAGUCUCUGCCCAGGACAUGGAAUGCGAGGAGCAGAAAGUCACAGGGAUGAAGAAGUUUCAGAUCCGUAAACGAAGCUCAACAAUAGCCACCGGCUCGCGACGAGCCACCAGCCUGUCCAUGGACCUGCUGACAGUGACCCUCGAGAAGGGCGGUCCCAAGCGUCUGGGCUUCACCAUUGUUGGAGGAGCGGACAGCAACAAGGGCAGGAUGGGCAUUUUCAUCAAGGAUAUUAUGGCGUACGGCCAGGCGGCCGAGCAGGGCGUCCUCAAGGUCGAGGACGAGAUCCUCGCGGUCAACGGAGUGCCGCUCGACGGCAUGACUCACGCCAGAGCACUCCAGAUCUUCAAGACCGCGAAGAAGGGCAAGCUCGUGCUUCACAUCGGCAGGCGCGACCCGUCGCACAAACGCGGCUUGACCAUCGGGACACAGUCUUCGACUCAACACUGAUUUUCCUUCGAUUCUCGUCCGCUUACGACGACCUUAGUUUAUAGCAAGCGUACAUGGCUUUAAAUCGAUCGCCCAUCGAUGCAGGCGAAUCUGACCAUAAAUUGUAUUUGUUUGUUUGCGAGCGCGCUAUAUCGAAUAUCGUUUGUAUACUUAAAUGCUUCACAGCUUCGUAUUUAUGUUACGUCGUGAUGAUCUCGUUCUAUUAAAUGGUACAAUUAAUUAUGCCGAUUGUAAUUUUUGCGUUCGUAUAUUGUAAAUUCGCGGAGAACGGAAUAGAGAAAGCGUAUUUAUUCUUUAGUUUCUUUUUUUUUGUACGUGAUUAAUUUUAAGAUAUUACCGAAGUUACACGAAUGUAUAAAUAACAUUUAUUUAAUGGUUUAGUGUCAGCGAAUUUAAUUUGCCAAGUUUUUGUUUGUACGUAAUGAUGCCGAAGUUGUGAUACUCACUAAGCGUAAUAGCGUUUAUAGUACUCGCGCGUGACUAUAAAUUGAAAUUGUAACGAAAGGCUCCCGGUUAAUCUGAUAGUUCUUGGAUAGUUAUUUGGAUUCUUUUUAUAAAAGCUAUAUUUUUUGCCAUUAGCGUAAUUUUUUUCUCUAAAGGAAUAUUGUAUUGACAUUGUUCUCUGAUGGGCUAUUUGGAUUUGUCUGAUUAUCGGAUUUUUCCGCGAACUUUCGAAAGCGUCAAAAGCCAACGAUCGAAUAUACGUCAGUCAAUUUGUAAGGAAAAACGUAAGCUACACAAGCAUCUCUAUUUUCAGCAUUUCAAUGAAUCGUAUAAUUUAUAUAUGUUAGAAGCGAAUAAUUCAAAGAUGUUUGAUUUCUGAGAAGUUAAACAUUAUAUACACGUUAAGUGUAAUGUAGAAAUUCACAUUAGUUUUCAAACUUCACCUAUAAAGCGUUAGUUUGAGUUUCAGUUCGAGUAAAAUAAUGAAUCAAGAGCAAAUCAUGCUUUUCAAAGUUUAUCUUUACUACGUUAUUCUUCAAAGAAUCGAAAAUAGAGAUGUUUUUGUGGGUUUGUUGUUCUUUUCCAGUUACAUCGUGUAAAGCUAUAUUUGAUGUAAUUAAUAUAUUCGUUAGAAGAUAAAUUGGUCAAAAUCUGUUAGACACGUGCUAACAGAAAAUCAGAUUUGGCUGUCGCUGCGUAAACUUGGAAAUAUACUUUUCCCCGUUUGGCACAUGUUCUUUAACAUGUUUUUAGCUUUAACGGGGAGGUAUAAUGCGGAAAGUUCAUGAUGAGUUCAGAUAUUAGACUAACUUUUUUGCUUGUGUGUUUUUUUUUUUUGAGUACGUCGCGAGUUACUCAUCAUGAUCAUAUAUUUAGAGGAUUAUUUAAUUUUUCAAUGUAGCGUGUAAUAAAGUCGGUACGAUGUGUGUAAAGCGUAUUUUUAAGAUCCUCGAGACUGACAUUACAAAUGUCUACCUGAUAAAGUGCUGUGAUACAAAAUGUAGUCACAAUAGCCAAUAUUCGAAGCAAACAAAUGAAACGAUGUAUAAAUGUAAAAUAAAUCAACUCGAAUUCAUUGAAUAGCAUAAA